AUGGUUAAAACUAGAGGUGGAUAUCAUGGUGAGGCUUCAUCCUCUCAUAGUGAGCCAUCAGAUGAAAGAAGACGACCUACGGCAUCUGCUCGUAGAAGACGAGUAGAAGAAUAUCGCGUGGACGUUAUUCAUGAGCAUGAUAAUGAGGAGCAGGAAGAGUUAUUACAGCAUGGACAUAGUCAGGAUGAUUACGUUGAAGAGGAGGAUAUUCAGCAGCAGCAUGACUGUAAUCAACAAGAACAUGAAGGUGAAGGUGAAGAUGAAGAUGAAGACGAAGCUGAAGAUGAUGAAUUCCCAGGAGGUCCACAUGACACCUCCUUACUUACUCACUAUACCCAGCAUGUUGCAUUUGCCAUAUGGCAAGGCCGGGAUCGAAGGGGGAUAAAGGUUGUCACCCAUGGCAAAAAAUUGAAGCAUUUUGGAAUGUAUCAUGAGGCCAUUGAGCCUUAUAUCUCCAUGUUGGGGUUGGGUUGUUUAGUAAACCUCUCAUACGAGUAUGCCGAUCAUGGAUUGAUCGUUGCCCUUUCGGAGAGGUGGCACAUAGAGACUAAUACUUUCCACCUACCGAUAGGUGAGAUGACCGUCACAUUAGAUGACGUUAUGAAUUUGCUCCACCUAUCAAUCAUGGGACAAUUUUGUGAGGUUAAGGAGUUAGAGUAUGAUGAGGCUCGAUCUCAUAUCAUGGAGCUGCUUGGUGUGGACCACGAUAAAGCUUCAGCUGAGAUGAAACAGUCACGUGGUCCAAAAGUUAGGCUCAGCUGGCUACGCGAGGUCUACCAGGAGUGCAUCCAGCAAGAGCGUUGGGAGUGUGCUGCUCGGGCGUACUUGUUGCAUCUGCUUGGAUGCACAAUUUUUACGAAUAAGAGUGAUAAUAACGCGUGGACCGCCCUCUGA